AGGGUCCAAACAGGGUGGAGGGCGGGGCCGGCUGAGCCACCCCCUCUCUUGGGGGUCUGACCCCUGACCAGGCUGCCGGCCCCUGGGCCCUGCAUCCCCGCGGGGUCCUCCUUCAACGUCCUGUCUGUCUCUCCUAGUGCCGCCCUACACCAUCUUCUACUUCCCCACCCGAGGGCGCUGUGAGGCCAUGCGCAUGCUGCUAGCUGACCAGGGCCAGAGCUGGAAGGAGGAGGUGGUGACCAAGGAGACCUGGCUGCAGGGCCCACUCAAGGCCUCCUGUCUGUACGGGCAGCUCCCCAAGUUCCAGGACGGAGACCUCACCCUGUACCAGUCCAAUGCCAUCCUCCGACACCUGGGCCGCUCACUUGGGCUCUACGGCAAAGACCAGCGGGAGGCAGCGCUGGUGGACAUGGUGAACGAUGGCGUGGAGGACCUCCGCAGGCACUGCGGCCACCUCAUCCACCACAGCUGUGAGGAGGGCAAGGCCCAGUAUGUUCAGGAGCUGCCGAGGCACCUGAAGCCUUUUGAAACCCUGCUGUCCCAGAACCAGGGGGGCCAGGCCUUCAUCGUGAACGACCAGUUUGAGCUUCCAAAUUUAGUGGAUUUGGCAGGUUGCCAUUGGAGCAGCCAGUGUUCCCAGCCACCCCUCUCUCUCCUGACCCUGCUCAAGCCUCUUGGCGCCCCCUGCCCUGCAGAUCUCCUUCGCGGACUACAACCUGCUGGACUUGCUACUGAGUCACCAGGUCCUGGUCCCUGGCUGCCUGGACUCCUUCCCGCUGCUCUCGGCCUAUGUGACCCGCCUCAAUACCCGGCCCAAGCUCAAGGCCUUCCUAGCCUCCCCUGAGCAUGUUAACCGCCCCAUCUUUGGAGGCCGCAAGAUAUGAGCCCAGUCAGCCUCCCCUGGGAGAAGGGCUGCCCAGGGAACCAAUAAACACGGUGAGAGGACA